CCACGGUCCCACCGCGCAAGCGCGCCGCAAUUCGGUCUAGCUUCCCGCGAAAGCUAGAGGCGGUGGCGCGAAUGCGAAGCGCGGGGGUUUGAGAAGAAGAGAGAGAAAAAAUAGAGGGAGAGAAAAAUCUCACGGCGAGCAGCAGCGUCGCCGCCGACGCCUCGCGGGAAGAUGGGGAAGGAGAGGGGAAGGGAGGAGCAGGUGGCGACCGUCCGCGCGGUGCUCGGCGAGGGGACGCCGGAGAUGGAGAUCAUCCGCGCGCUCCACAUGGCCGGUGGCGACCCCACCAGGGCCAUCAACAUCCUCCUCGACUCCCCGCCGCCGCCCUCGCCGUCGCCGUCUCCUCCGGCGGCAAAGCCCGCCAAAACCCCCACCGAAUCGACCCCGCCAGCCAAAACCCCUGCCCCGUCCAAGGCGGCAGAGAAACCUAGGUCCAGCGUGGGCCGCGUGGCGCCCGCAACCACGCCCGCACCCGAGCCCGCCAACGGCGGCCGCCACGGCGAACAUUGGUGGCUGGUGGGGAGCGUCGAGAUGGCGGGGCUGUCCACCUGCAAGGGCCGGCGCGUUGCCUCCGGGGAUGCCGUCACCUUCUCGUUCCCCAACUCCCCGGUCGCCGCCGCCGCCGCCGCGGGCAAGAGCCGCCCUGGCCGCCUUCCCCUCGUUUCAUCCUCCUCCGAGAUUAUGCGCUUCUCCACCCCGCGCCAUGGAGAGGUCGGUCGCAUCCCCAAUGAAUGGGCGCGAUGCCUGCUCCCCCUCCUCAAGAAGGGGAAGAUAAAGAUCGAGGGCGUAUGCAAUUCUGCUCCCGAAGUACUUAGCAUCAUGGACACUGUCCUCUUGACCGUGAGUGUCUACAUCAACAGCUCACUGUUUCAUGGCCAAAAACAAUCAACACCCAAGGCAGCUCGGGCUGCCACUGAGGAUUCCACGUUUCAUCCGCUGCCUGCACUUUUCAAGUUGACUGGGCUUUCACCCUUUAAGAAGGCAGCAUUUACUCCUGAAGAUCUCUAUUCCAGAAAGCGCCCACUUGAAAUGAAGCAGAGUAAUGUGCCUCCCACAAAGUUGACUACCGAGAAGUUGAGAUUAUCUUCUGAUGGAAAGGAAGAUGAUGAGGGUGAAGGAAUUGUUUCAGAUUCAGAUUUGGAUGAUAUAAUUGGAAUCUCAGAUAGUUCUGCAUUGGAGGAAAGAGAACCCCCUGAUGCUCUGCAAUGUGAUUUACGCCCUUAUCAGAAGCAGGCACUUUAUUGGAUGAUGCAGCUUGAGAAAGGCAGUUCUUCUCAGGAUGCAGCUACAACGCUUCACCCUUGUUGGGAGGCAUAUAAACUUGAGGACAAGAGGGGGCUUGUUUUAUACUUGAAUGUAUUUUCAGGUGAUGCCACCACCGAAUUUCCUAGUACGUUGCAACUUGCGAGAGGAGGGAUUUUGGCAGAUGCAAUGGGACUGGGGAAGACUAUUAUGACAAUAUCUCUUCUUCUUGCUGACUCUAGCAAAGGAUGCAUAUCUGCUCAGAAUUCUACUCAGAUAUGUGAAGAAACUAAUGGACUUAGCGAAUCGCCUAUUCAGUCUCAAGAUGCUGUGAAGAAACUAGCUAGCCCUUUCUCUUUUAGUAAGCUCAGAAAACAUAAGGCCCCGCUUAUUGCAGGUGGCAAUUUAAUUGUCUGCCCAAUGACACUACUUGGUCAGUGGAAGGCAGAGAUUGAAGCUCAUACUACGCCAGGUUCUGUAAGUAUAUAUGUUCAUUAUGGGCAAAACAGACCAAAAGAAGCAAGUCUUAUUGGUCAAAGUGAUAUUGUCCUGACUACAUAUGGUGUUCUGUCAUCGGAAUUUUCAAAUGAGAGUUCAACAGAAAAUGGCGGUGUCUACUCUAUUCACUGGUUUAGAGUUGUGCUGGAUGAGGCACACAUGAUAAAAUCUCCCAAAAGUUUAAUAUCCCUUGCUGCUGCUGCUCUUACUGCUGAUCGGCGUUGGUGUCUUACUGGUACACCUAUUCAGAACAACUUGGAGGAUAUAUACAGCCUUUUCCGUUUUUUGAGGGUUGAACCUUGGAGGAACUGGGCUUUGUGGCAUAAACUUGUGCAAAAACCAUAUGAAGAAGGUGAUGAAAGAGGCUUAAAGUUAGUACAGUCCAUUCUGAAGCCAAUAAUGUUGAGAAGGAAUAAAAACAGCACAGACAAGGAAGGCAGACCAAUCAUUGUUUUACCCCCUGCGAACAUUGAAGUCAAAUAUUGUGAUUUGUCAGAGGCUGAGAAGGAUUUCUAUGAGGCUCUGUUUCGACGAUCUAAGGUGAAAUUUGAUCAAUUUGUGGAGCAAGGAAGGGUCUUGCACAAUUAUGCUUCAAUUUUGGAGUUGCUUUUGCGCCUUCGUCAAUGUUGUGACCACCCAUUUCUUGUUCUUAGUCGUGGAGAUACACAGGAGUUUGCAGACCUAAAUAAACUGGCAAAGCGUUUCUUGAAUGGUGGUAGUGGUGCUGUGAAUGGCGACUCUUCUGUUCCCUCUAGAGCUUAUAUCGAGGAAGUUGUCCAAGAACUGCAAAAAGGUGAAGGGGAGUGCCCCAUUUGUCUUGAAGCCUUCGAGGAUGCUGUAUUAACUCCUUGUGCUCACCGUUUAUGCCGAGAAUGUCUCUUGUCUAGUUGGCGGAGUACAACAGCAGGCCUUUGUCCUGUCUGUAGAAAGUCUAUCAGCAAGCAGGAUCUUAUUACUGCUCCAACUGACAAUCGCUUUCAAAUUGAUGUUGAGAAAAACUGGGUCGAGUCUUCCAAGAUAUCUUUCCUUCUAAGGGAGCUAGAAGUUCUUCGCAGUUCUGGUGCAAAGACCAUUGUAUUUAGCCAGUGGACUGCAUUCUUGGAUCUCUUACAAAUUCCACUUUCCAGACAUAACUUCUCAUUUGCCAGGCUGGAUGGAACGUUGAAUCUCCAGCAGAGAGAGAAAGUAAUCAAGGAGUUUUCUGAGGACAAAACUAUUUUGGUUCUGCUUAUGUCUCUGAAAGCUGGUGGUGUUGGAAUAAACCUAACUGCUGCAUCUAAUGCGUUUGUCAUGGAUCCUUGGUGGAAUCCUGCUGUUGAAGAACAGGCAAUCAUGCGUAUCCAUCGAAUUGGUCAAACAAAGAGUGUUUCCAUCAAAAGGUUCAUCGUCAAGGGCACUGUCGAGGAACGAAUGGAAGCUGUGCAGGCUCGUAAGCAGCGAAUGAUUUCUGGAGCCUUGACAGACCAAGAGGUACGCAGCGCACGUAUAGAAGAACUGAAGAUGCUUUUCUCCUGACACACCCAAGUGCCGCCGCCAUUCGUUUACCUGAAGAAUCCAAUACAGGAAGGUAAAGUAAGAAAUUCCAAAUAUUGCAAAAACUUGCAGUUCAAAUAUCAUUCGCCUUCCGGCAUUUAGCUGUUGUUGUAAGCCUUUUUAGUGUAUAUUACUUAUCAAUAGUGUCGUAGAAGAAAGAUGAGCUUUUGACAAAAGAGGUAAUUCAUUUCAUCAUAUAUACUAGUGCAACAUGGGCUCUAUAGUUAAUGGUACCCGUAACGUAACCGACC